AUGAUCUUCCUAUCCCAGAAUAUACUUGGAAUCCUGGGAAAUUUCUCUCUUCUUUACCAUUAUCUCUUCUGUCACUUCACUGGAUACAGCCUAAGAUUCACAGAUCUGAUUGUUGAGCAUCUGCUUAUAGCCAACUCCUUGGUCAUGCUCUCUACAGGAAUCCCAAGGACAAUGGAAGCGUUUGGGUGGAAACAUUUUCUCAAUGAUAUUGAAUGCAAAAUUGUUUACUGUAUUCACAGAGAGGCCAGGUAUGUGUCCAUUGGCAACAUCUGCCUCUUGAGUGUCUGCCAGACCAUCAACAUCAGUCCCAGGAACUCCAGGUGGGCACAGCUUAAAAUGAAAGUUCCCAAAUACAUUGAAUCCUCUAUUUUCCUCUGCUGGAUUCUGCACAUGUUGAUAAGUAUUAUAUUUACUAGGUAUGUGACAGAUAAUUGGAGUAACAAAAACAUCACAAAGAAAAAAGAUUUGGGAUUCUGUUAUGCUUUAAUUCAUAACAGAAUCACUGUCUUACUGAAUGUAGGAUUAUUGUUAUUUCCUGAUGUUUCAUGUUUGGUGCUCAUGACCUGGUCCAGUGUCUCCAUGGUUUUCAUCUUGCCUAGGCACAAGCAAAGUGUGCUAUACAUUCAUACAACCAAUAUCUCUCCAAGAUCCUCCCCUGAAUCUAGAGCGACCCAAAGCAUCCUUGUCCUGGUGAGCACUUUUGUGUCUUUGUACACUCUCUCUUCAAUCUUUCACAUUUGUUUGGCUCUUUUUAACAAUCCCAGCAGGUGGCUGGUGAACUCUGCUGCACUGAUUACUGCAUGUUUCCCAACCGUAAGCCCCUAUAUUCUCAUGAGUCAUGACCUCAGAAGAACACGUGUAGACAACAAAGAAAAACCUCAGUUUGUUUUCCUUGUAGUAGCUGAUUGUUCCCCAGUCUCUCCGGAGACGAAGGACAGGAGAGGUUGGCUUUUUCAGCAUUUCAAGGUCCUUCUGCCUGUGGCUGUGCUGGGAGCAGGUGAAGGAGCUGUGCUGACACCGUUGAAGGCAUAUUCUCAAGAUGCUGGUGUGAUUCCUCAACAUAAUAUUGAUGAAAAAAGGACCCAGAACAGGAGGAGAAAGGAGGAGGAAACAGCAGUUUCUCAGAUGAAUUCUAGUUCAAGUUCCCUUUUUGGAGUAAAAGAAGAAUCCCUGAGAUGUGAAGGGAGUGGAGACAGUAGCUGUAUAACCAGGUACGUGCGAAUGGAUGAAGCAGAUGACACAGCCCCAGUGAUUAUCCCUCACAUUCACAGUGAGAGCCAAAAUCCUCCUCUUGGCCUGUGA